AUGGGCACCCUCAUCCGCCCCCCGCCAGUCAACGAGAAGCAGUCUCACAUUGAAAAUGUCCUCGAGCUGACCGAGCUGACCGACAUCGACCCGGACCUCUUUACAAACACCCGCCCCAUGUGGCAUCCCCCCGGUGCAAGAGGCAUCUUUGGCGGCGCAGCCAUUGCACAGACCCUCAGCGCGGCCCAGAAGACGGUGCCUGCCGACUUCACCGUCCACUCCAUGCACUGCUACUUUGUCCUGGCUGGCAACGCCGACAUACCCAUCAUAUACCAUGUCGAGAGGGUGCGCUCCGGAAAGUCGUUUGCCACAAGAACGGUGCAGGCGCGACAGCGGGGCAAAGUCAUCUUCACAACCACCAUGAGCUUUGUGCGACAGAACAGCGGAGGAGAAAAAAUGGUCGAGCACGCCUACCCCAUGCCAGACGUGCCGGACCCAGCUGAAGACAAAGACGACUGGGAAUCCCACGGCGGCAACGACACCGGUCCGUUCCAGAGUCAGCGACUAGACAUUGAAAAUGACGAUUCGCCCUUUGCUCACACCAAAAAGUGCAGGCAGUGGAUGAAAGCCCGCGGCACCAUCUCUCCAGAAGGGGGACACGAAGCGCACCUCUCCGCCAUCGCAUACAUGUCAGACAGCUACUUCAUCGGCACCAUUGCUCGAGUCCACAAGCUCUGGCGCUACUCCACACAACGCAAGAGCAAGUCCAAGUCAAGCAUCGACGAAGACGUCCUCAAGAAGCUGCUUGCCAUGGACGAUGCAGAGCUGAAACGCCAGAAGUACUUGGACGAGGCAGACAUACAGCGCAUACGGAGCGUUCGAAACGGCGAGACCGUCAAGAAAGACAACACACCGGAGAUCGGCAUGAUGGUCAGCCUGGAUCACACAAUCUACUUUCACAACCCUCGCAGUUUCAGGGCAGACGAGUGGAUCUUCUCAGAGAUGGAGACAACGUGGGCUGGUGAUGGCCGCGGCCUUGUCUUUCAAAGAUUGUACACCCGCAGCGGCACCCUCAUCGCCAGCUGCGUACAAGAGGGACUGGUUCGCUUGCGUCAGACGGAGAGCACGCCCAAGCUCUAG